AUGGAGACGAAAGUUUCCUUCCUUGCCGUUUCCCUCCUCUCCCUCCUUCCGCCACCGCCUCUUCACCUAAGCUUCCUGGGCGCAUCUUUCCUCCACCUCACAUUACUCUUCACCCGGUGGCCCAUCCAUCGUUCUGGUUUUCUGAGAAACUUGAGUGUCAUACUUCUUCCAUAGUUCUUAAAAUGUAAGUUUCCUCCUUUUUUGUCUUCUCUUUUUUAUUUGACCUUUACUAAUAAAGAGUUUCUCUUGAUAAAGGAGUAAUAGACGAGUCCCUUAUGUACCGGAGGCAGCCUUUACUAAAGGCCCUCCGCGCCACAAUAGCCAUGCGGCAGCGGCUACUCAUCGUCCAUCUCCCGCACGCAACGGAAUUAACAGAGCCUCACCGCCCGCUCCCACCGGUGGAACAGUCCCACCCCUGGUUGCCGAUCAUGCUAUUCCAAACACUAGUGCCCCCGCCGCCGUGCCUGUUCUCCAGGUGUCCAACCCUCACCAGCAAUUGCACAAUGACACACCAAGGAUUAUCCGCCCCCGCCCUGUUAAAUGGACUAAGCGAUGCCAGUACGAUCUUUCUACAGGCUGCCAUCGUGGCAUUAAGUGCUUCUUUGGCCACCUUGGUGAUGUGUAUACUGAUUCCCCAACUGUUCUCCAAGAGUUUACAAGCAAUGGAUUCAACACAAGGACUCUCCGUCGCGCAGAGCUGGAAAGGGUUGGCGAGAGUCUCAAUCUUGAUCAGGCGCUGAGAGCCGUUGUGCCGAGGUCUCAAAGGCACCCAAAGCAUAACACUGGCGCUUCCAAGCGAGGUGCGAAUACCACGAGCAAUUGUAGGCAAUCCAGUCGUGAUCUACUUAUUGCAGGAGCUAUAAAUGUCAACACGCACUUUACCCCUCCUGAGCAUAUGUGGGAUGGAGAGACUCUUCACGCUGGCGCUAGUCCUGCCCAUCCUGCCGGAUAUGAAGGGGUGCAACCUUUUGAGUCGUCUGCUUCGCCCGAAGUUACUCUUGUUCAACGCCCCAACAGUCAGGAGAGGUCCCAAUAUCACUCCGCUCCGGAUUAUAAUUGUCACGGAUAUGAUGGCGGCGCACCCUACCACGCUUGCCUUGUCUAUGGUCUAGCGGUCGGAAUGGCGCCUUUUUUUGGUGCAUCCACUUCACCUCUCGAUUCUCCCGGUAAUCUAUUCAGGGUCAAUGCUACUGGUGAACUAUAUUAUUAUGGUGUUGACGGUGUGAUGUAUCAGUACAAUCCCGCCUUCUGGGCCGCCCAGAAUAGGCAGUACCACAUGACUCAGCAGGCAAAUAAUUACACGGUUGUCGGCGGUCCCACUCCUCAGCAAUUCUCUGGCCCCGCUCUCGAUCCUGGCUAUCAGCACUUGCAAUCCUGGAUCAACGACCUCCCGACUCCAACCCCCGUUCCGGAAGGGUAUACCUGUAACCAUGCCCAGAACGCGGGAGCCUGGCCGCCGGCCCAUCAGCAGCAUGAUUACUCCUUGCCCAUUUCUCAACAAGGCUACGGCUCGCACGCCCCCUCCCCCUGCGGAGGGAUGCAGCAGGAACCGCCUGCCUACGCUGGGGUUUUCCAUCAGCAUACUAGCCCUACUGAGGAAGUGGCGCAGCAGUUGUACGAAGAGACUUUCCCGAAACUUGCACCCAAGAACGAGACCAACUGUCAACGCCCUUCCACUUCUAAGUGA